AUGUCAAACCUCCAUCUGCCGACUGAUCGAAUUCUCGAUGCCCGCCACACUGUUUUAUGCCUUGUGGUUGACCGCUCGGGUAGUAUGGCAUCCAUGAUGAACCAGGUGCAUAUAAGCAUCAAUAACUACCUUGACGAACAGCGCCGCACCAACAUAUCUGAUAACUUGAAAACGUCGGUAAUUUUAAUAACCUUUGAUGCCAUGAUCGAAACAUUGUGGAACGGUUACAACCUGGACGAAAGUCGGUACGUGUCGGCUGCCAAUGUGCAACCGAGAGAUGGUACCGCUCUUUACGAUGCGAUCGCGGAAGGGAUAAAUAGAACAGUUGAAUUCAUUCAAGGUUUACCCAAAACUCCUUUCAAAGUCGUUAUGUUCAUUCUCACUGAUGGGGAAGAGAACUCUUCAAAACAAUGGUCAAAAAAUGAGAUCGCUUCGCAGAUCAAGAAUCUUAAUAGGGCGCCUUACAAUUGGGAGUUCUACUUCGCUGCAGCGAAUCAAGAUGCUAUCUUCAGCGGCCUACAGUUGAAUAUUCCUUAUGCGCAAUGCAUCACGUUUGCGGGUCAAGGGGGAAUACAGAAUGCAUUCGGGGCCACGGGAAAGGCUCACACCCGCAUGCGUCGUGGACAGUCGAAGGCCUACACGAAUGAAGAGAAAACUUCUGCUAUCAAUUCUAGCGAGUUGUGA